CUCAGGGCUGCUGCUGCUUCGGACUGACUUUUUUAUAAUAAAAAUGCAGGGAAAUGCAGUAAAGUUCGUCAGGAGACUCUCAGAGCGGUCAUCAGCCAGCGCUGUGAGAUAAACCAUCAGGUCAGAUGUGAACAGAAUGAGAGCAGCUACCUCACCUUAAAGACGUUUCUGAGAGCGCCAGACUCUCCGGAUUCCUGUAUUCUCAUUUAUUGACUAAAUGAGUGUUAAUAACUAUAGUUUGUCCUCCAAAAUUCUUUGCCCCUGGCUCUGGAUUUAGAGUCACCUCCAGCUGAAUACAGUAAUCCCUGCCUCUAGAAACAGAUGGAAGACCGGUGCUGAAGGUAGAUAUUCUCAAUAAUAUUCUCAGACUGUGCUGAAGAUGGGCUGUGAGAUAAACACUGCAGGACUGAAAGUGGGAAUCUUCUCCCCAGGUUCUCUCCUCCAUUGAUUAAUGCCGCUGAGUUAUCAGCUGGGAAUUCGUGGCCUGGAAUGCUCAGGGAUAAUAGAGUGGACCACCUGAGGGGAUCUGCAGAUCUGCAGAUGUUUGCAAAAUGGGCGUGAAGCUGCUGAACAGCAUUGCAGGGGCUGUGCUUCUGGCGUUCUCCGUCAGCACUGUGUCCACCUGUCCCAGGUACUGCCACUGCUCCGAGAGGAACGGCCUCAAGACCGUCCAGUGCUCGUCUCGAGAGCUCGAGAAGAUCCCGGACGACAUUCCCGAGGACACGGCCUUCCUUCAGCUGGCCUCCAACCGCAUCAGCCACAUCCCCAGCCAGGCCUUCAAGGGCUUGCGUCGCCUGCAGGAGCUGGAUGUCUCCAACAAUGCUAUCGAGGUGGUGGAGGAAGGAGCGUUCCAGGGAAUCUCUGAGGGACUUCGUGCUCUGGACUUGUCGAACAACCUGUUGCGGGGGGUGCCGCGGGAGACCUUCGCUCGGGUGCACGCCAAGAUCAGCCUGGCGGGAAACCCGUGGCACUGCGAGUGCGCCCUGCAGGAGGUGCUGAGGGAGCUGCAGUUGGACCCGGACACGGUGAACCAGGUGAGCUGCCAGACGGCCGUACGCGAGGAAUUCGCCGGCAAGCCCGUCAUCCAGGUGCUCGACUCCGGGGUCAACCUGUGCAGCUUUCAGCGCAAGACCACCGACGUGGCCAUGUUCAUCACCAUGUUCGGCUGGUUCGCCAUGGUGAUCGCCUACGUGGUCUACUACGUGAGACAGAACCGGGAGGACGCCCGGAGACACCUGGAGUACCUCAAGGCCUUGCCCAACAGCCCCAGAGACAGCAAGGACUCGGACACGAUUAGCACCGUGCUAUAGCACAGCGUUCCCAGUGGCCGGGGACUUUUUCUUUUCUGUUGACAGAAUUUUCAACAAUUCUGCAAAAUGUCUGUAAAAUUAAAAAAAAUUUAAGCAGAUUUUCACAUUUAGGACCCUAUUUUAUAUCUAUCUAUCUAUCUAUAUAUAUAUAUAUAUAUAUAUAUAUAUAUAUAAUGGCAAGACGUCAAAUUGUGCACUGUGCAGCUCGAUUCAUAGCGUGUCAGUGUGUCUUUGCUAUCAUAACGACAGGAAAAGCACUAAAUCUUGCGUGGGUGUGGAUUUGCCUAGCAGUGUUUUUUCGGUUAGACAAAAAUCUGGUCAAAUGAAUUUUUUGAAGCAGUGAAGUCUUUGAAGCAAUUGAAAAUUGAAAAAUUGAAAACUUGAAAAUUUGAAAUUUAAAUUGAAAACUGUAAUGGGAUAGCAAUUCUUUGCUAAAAUGCAACAAAAUCAUAAGAAACAAUUAUUUAAGAAAUAAUACUCUUUGUGGAAUAACCCUCAAAGUUUUAAUGCAUCUUGGCAUGUUCUCCUCCACCAGUCUUACACACUGCUUUUGGGACAAACAUUAAUGCCACUCCUUAUUUCUUAAAUCUACAAAACUGUUCCAAACCACCACCAUUGUGAAACAUUUUGGAUUUUUUUUUACAUCUUAACAAUUACAUUUUGCAGAAAUGUUGAAUAAUUUAAGGGGACUCCUCUUUAGGAAUACAGCACAGCAUUUAUAUACUUUAUAUACAAACACAACAAACACAAGACUGUGUAUAUUUUAUUAAUCCUGAAGUGCCUACAUUUAACACCAGAGCACAGUGAAGGGCUCAGAUGAGGUUCAUUUAUACAUUAAAUAAAAAAAAGUAAGUACAGUUGGACUGGAUUGGGCUGAAUACAGUUUACUUUAAUCAGUGGAGAUUCCAGGAUCUAAUAAGGGGCCACAAUAUAUUUGUCAUGUCCUGUCUGUUCUCUUGUCUGUAUGUUCUCAUGUGACCCGGCUCCUCUGUGUUUCAUUCCCAGUGUUUUUCCACUCACCUGUGUUCAUUUGUAGCUCCGCCCCUUCGUCCCAGGUGUUUCCUGUUUCCUG